CAUCAAAUCUACCGAAUGAUACUACGGUUCUGAUAUGUGACCGGUCAAUCACCUUGCAUCUUUGGCUUUUGAUAUUAGUAUCCUUACAAAUAACAAGAAGGGCCUUUCAACUUCUGAACAGUCUCUAGAUACCUACCUGAAUACUAUACUUCUCUAUGAUGGAUGCUUUUAUAUCAAGAAAAAAGCGAAAGUUGUCUGGCUCUUCUUCGUCACCACAAAACCCAGACACUAUCGAUCAUAUCAAUGCUCUCAGUGUUCCGGAUGAUGAGUCUACAGAUUUCAAGUUGGCUCUACUGUCAUCUUUGCAUCCUAGCAUUGAACAAGGGGUCCUUCUUGAAACUUUGCUCGAUCAUAAUGGUGCAGUCGAGAAGGCGUCGGCUUCAUUGUCAAAUCCAGACACCACCUCUUUUCCAAUAGCCAAGAAAUCAUCCACGGUAGGAUAUCAAAGUUCUCUUUCUACAUUUAUCUCGAGUGAGAACUCCACAAAACGAGUAAAGACUCUAUCUAAGAAAGGCAAAACUCUUCAUUUGUAUUCUCCCGAAGAUGUAGCAGCUCAUACUCCUUGUUCUAUCAUACAUAAUUUUCUCCGGGUGGAAGAAGCCAAUGUGUUGCUUGAUGAGUUGUUAAAGGAAGCAACGACUUUCGAGAGAAUGACUUUUAAGUUGUUUGAUAAUGUGGUUACAAGUCCUCACACAGCUUGCUUUUAUGUUGAGAGUCUGGAAGAACAAAAAGCUCAGAAGACUGAAUAUAUCUAUAAUGGUGAUCUUUUAACGGUGGGUAAAAUCUAGCGUUCAAAACUUUGGAUUGCUGAUUUGAUGACUUGUAGGACGUUCGUCAACUUACUCCACAAAUGAGGAAAAUCUCGCCCAAAGUUCAGGAUGCUGUCAAUGCAGAAGUCGCAAAACGAAUUAAAACACAUUAUCCUAAUGGCCAAAAGCUCCAGUAUCAAUCACCUGACAAAUGGAAGCCCAACGCAGCAUUUGUGAACUGCUAUAAUGGUGGUGUAGAAAGUGUGGGAUAUCAUAGCGAUCAGCUCACCUACCUUGGACCACGUGCGGUGAUUGAAUCGAUAUCUUUGGGUGUUGCCCGUGAAUUUCGUGUUCGACAAAUCGUCCCCCAGGAGAUAGAUUCGACAGAAAAAAGCAAAGAAUCAUCCGAUGCAGAAGGUCAAAUUGCUAUUCACCUCCCACAUAACUCAUUGUUGGUCAUGCAUGCUGAAAUGCAAGAAUCUUGGAAGCAUAGUAUUGCACCAGCACAAGCCAUAGAUCCUCAUCCAAUUUCUGGAAAUAGACGAAUCAACAUCACCUAUAGACAUUAUAAACCUUCAUUACAUCCUAAAUUCACGCCAAAAUGCAAAUGUGGGGUGCCGACUGUCUUGAGGGUUGUUCAAAGGAAGAAGGAGAAUUUGGGUCGAUAUUUUUGGAUGUGUCAUGCUGGGAAUGUUCCUGGAAAAGAAGGGUGUACAUAUUUUGAAUGGGCUGAAUUUGAUGAUGAUGGUAACCCGACCUGGAACAAUAAGACUGAGAAUCGAGGCUGAAAUCCGUGGUCCUAAAAGUCAAAAUGAGGGCUCAUGGCUGGGCAUGGAGAAAUCAAGAUCACAGUAUCAUAGCCCACAAAACUUUAUAUUUCACCCUGGAAAACAGAGGCGGUCAAUCUGGCAUAGCUGAAGAUAGGACUGGUAAUACAUAAGGGGGUGUCUGAGUGCGGAAAACACACCAGAAAGGUUAAUUUACUACCACAGCAUUGGAAAAUGCGAAAAUUAUACUAGGUAGGUAACUCCUACUUCAUUAAUCACAUACAUAGGUGAUGUUACUUUCCCCCUCAAACUUCAUCAAUAAGAUCUUCACCAAUUCCCAUUCUCUAAAUACAGUUCACGCCUUCCCAAAUCGUACUGUUCUCAUCGAAUAUCACAGCUUCAUUCAAAUAUCAAAUUCAUCACCCAUCAACAAAAUCUCUCUAAAACGGAAUCAUAUUCCAUCGACCCAAAAAGACUUCAAACACUGUAAUUUUCAUUACAUUAACCUUAAAAUCAUCACUCGUCACGCCAAGUCUAAAAGUUAACCUAAUUGGGACGACACCUCACUCCGAAAUCAUGAGCACGCAACCUCCAGACCGAAAGUCUAUUCAUUUCCGCCCGCAUUUUUCAUAUCUUCCAAUUCCGGGAACGAGGCAAUAUCCACAUACACGGCGCUUGGAUAGUCUGAAACCGGAUCCUGAUAUCAAAAGCUCUAGAGCAGGAAAGGAGAGAGCAAGCUGGACACGAAACCUAGUUUUCUGUAUGAAUAUCCCCA